AUGUCCUGCCAGCAGAACCAGAAGCAGUGCCCGCCCCCGCCCCAGUUCCCCCAGAAGUGUCAGCCGCCGCCCAAGUGCCCUCCUAAGUGCCCGGCCCCGUGCCCGGCUCCGUCCUCGUGCUGCGGCCCCAGCUCUGGGGGCUGCUGCGGUUCCAGCUCAGGGGGCUGCUGCCUGUCACACCACCAUCACCACCGGCCCCAUCUCUUCCACCACCGCCGGCACCAGAGCCCCGAAUGCUGCGAUGACAACUCCGACUGCUGCUAA